GCAGAAUGUAGACUAUGACUUAACAAUAUCGUGAUAUUGUUAAGAAGAUCAAAACCAAGGCUUUUAAAAUCAAAGUUCCUGAUUAUUAUUCAGUUUAGAUGACUGAUUUCAAUGAUUAUUAUCAAGUCAAAGAAAAAAAGUAAAAAGAAUAUCUUGAAUAAUAAUUUGAUUCUUUAGCUGAUUAGAUUAUUCAAUCUAUUCAAUAAACUAAUGAUUCUUUAUCUUCAUAAAGAGAAUCAUAAUAAGAUGUUGAUUAAAUAGUACAUUCAACACCUAAAUAAUAAUAAAUAGAAAUCUAAAUACAGAAGGAUAUAGUUAAUGAUGAAGAUGAGGAUGAUAAAGUUGAUGAUAUGAAAUAAUCAAAAAAAAUGGGUAAAUAAAAAGAUUCUAAAAAAUUAACUAAGAAAUAAUCUGUACGAAUAUAAUAAUAAAGACCUUCUACUAUUUAAAGAUAAGAAUCUGGUGUUAUUUAAUAAUUAAAUGAAUAAACCAAUUAAAAUUAAUAAAGAGAUUAAAGAUAACCUAUUCAAUAAUAAAUUGAACCUAUUCAUGAAGAAGACUUAAAAUAAACUAUUCAAGAAAUUACAGAAGAAUUAAAAAAACCUCAUAAAAAACAUAUGACUAAAGCUUAAAGAGAAGAAUAAAAGAAGAGAAAAAAGGAAAUUUAAAGAUUACAUGAAGAUAUUGAAAGAAUUAAAAGAGAAAAAGGAGGAGAUUUUGAUUAUGAAAAAAGUGAUUCAGAUAGUGAAGAAAGAUUCAGAAGAUAAAAAAUUAAAAAUUAAUUUGAUGAUAUGUUUAAACCUAAACAACUUUCUCGAAGAUAAUCAGAUCCUUUUAAUCAAGACGAUGAAGAGAAUCUCGAUUAUGCUAGUGAAUAAGAAAUUGAAGAUAGAACUAAAAUAUAAAGGGUUGAAUAAAUUAUACAAUAAAUAAGAGAUCCUAAUUAUUAAUAUAAUCCUUAAUAAUUUUGGUAAUAAGAAGUUAAAAUCAAUAUUAAGAAACCUUCACUUCCAAAUGUUGUUUCACAAUAGAAAUAAUAAGAAUAAUUCUUAUAAUUUCAAAAAGAAAAACUUGAACAAUAAAUGUAAAUGAUUAACUAAAAAUAUUCACAAUAACCUAAUGAUACUCCCUAACAAUAAUAAUUAAAUAACCUCUAAUAGUAAAUACCCAAAAAUUAAUAAUAAUAAUUAGUUAAAAAUGAUUAAUAGUAAAUUCCUCUUUAAAAUAGAAAUUCCCCAUAAUAAUAACACAUGCCUACUCCCUAUUUGGAUGAAAGAAAAAAACAAAAUAAUCAUUAUAGUGUCUAAAAAUCCUUCAAAACACCAUAAUCUAUCCCCUCUAAAUAAAAUAAUUAAGAUUCAUUAUAAGGCAUACAAGAUCAUUCAUUUAAUAUUGAUAACAAAACAAAUUCUCAAGCCUAACUUACUUAAUAAAAUCAAGAGAUAUCAAUUCAUUCUGAUUAGAAUACAAUUUAAAAUGAAAAUCAAUCAUAAAAUAAAAACCUAUAACAAAUAGGUUAAACUGAUCAAAAACCAAAAUAAAUAAGUUCUAAUAAUAAAAAGUAAGAUAUACCAAUUUCAGAUAAAAAGGGUAGAACCAUUCCAUCAAUGCGUAAAAUAGAUUAAGAAGAUGAUGGCUCAAUUACUAAAUAAAUUGAGGAAAAAUUAAAUUAAGUUUAAUCAACUUUGAAUAAAACCAAAUUUGGAAUGUAUGAAAAAAUGAUGGCAGCAUAAUCAGUUUACGAUGUUGACAUUCAUGUAAUAACUUCUUCUAUUAUUAAGGAAUAUAAAUUAAUAGAUUUUCCAUUAAGUCAAACUGUAUUUCCAAAAUUGAAUGGGGAAGAUGAAAAACAAAUCUUUUAAUAAUUGUAUAUCUAAUUAUUAUAUUCCUUAGGUAUGCUUGGUAAAAAGAGGUCUAUAAAAUAAUGCCAAUUUUGCAUUAAGUGAAUAGAAAUCUUAAUGUAUUUAUUAUAUAUAUAUAGAUUCCUGAUGAAGAUGAAGGAGCAGCUUCACAAUUAGUUAGUAGUAGUGAUGAUGAAAAUUGA